AUGCUUGUCAAACUCAUCUCCUUUCUCUCAGCUGCUACCAGCGUAGCUGCUCAUGGUCAUGUGUCAAACAUUGUGAUCAACGGGGUGUCUUACCGUGGAUGGGACAUCAAUUCGGACCCUUACAACUCCAACCCUCCGGUGGUGGUUGCAUGGCAAACACCCAACACAGCCAACGGCUUCAUCACCCCCGACGCAUACGACACGGAUGAUGUGAUUUGUCAUCUGAGCGCUACGAAUGCCCGAGGCCACGCAGUCGUCGCUGCUGGUGACAAGAUCAGCCUCCAAUGGACGCCCUGGCCUGACAGCCACCAUGGCCCUGUCAUCAGCUAUCUAGCCAACUGCGGUUCCAGUUGCGAGACAGUUGAUAAGACUACCCUCGAGUUCUUCAAGAUCGAUGGUGUUGGGUUGGUGGAUGAGAGCAAUCCGCCUGGUAUCUGGGGAGACGAUGAGCUCAUCGCCAACAACAACUCCUGGCUGGUGGAGAUUCCAGCAAGUAUCGCUCCAGGAUACUAUGUGCUGCGUCACGAGUUGAUCGCUCUGCAUGGAGCAGGAAGUGAGAAUGGAGCCCAGAAUUAUAUGCAAUGUUUCAACCUUCAAAUUACUGGAACCGGCACGGUCCAGCCUUCCGGAGUUUUGGGCACGGAGCUGUACAAACCCACGGACGCUGGGAUUCUUGUCAAUAUCUACCAGUCGCUCUCGACCUAUGUUGUUCCUGGUCCGACCCUGAUCCCCCAGGCAGUCUCCCUCGUUCAAUCGAGCUCCACCAUUACCGCCUCGGGCACGGCAGUGACAACCACGGCUUGAGCGGCGACUGGGAGCGUUUGACAGCCGUCGUGUCUAGCAAAGUUACAGUUGACGAGA